UAAGAAAUAUGUUGGAUGAUGUGUUAGAGAAAAACCUUGAAAUUGUCAGAACUCCUUGCUUGAACUUGGCUGACCCUAUGGAAAUAGAUGGAGUGAUAAAAUUAUUCAAGAAGGCACCACCUGGCAUCAGAAUUGAGGACAUAGACAAAUACCACGUGCAACUCAAGAGACCCAGAAUUCUGCCUUGGUCUGAGAUUGACGAGAAAUCAAAGAAGUUCAGGCAUAUGCUUCAGUCUGUUGUUGUUGAUGGUGACGACGUACUUGUUUCCGCAAAAGAAGCAUCCCAGAUUUCAUUGGCCAAACUGGAAGCUAGAGAAACUGCAGCAAAGGCCAAAGCCAAGAGGGAGGAAGAACGGGUGAAGGAGCUGAAGAAGGUCAGGGGAGAGAAAUGGCUUCCUUCUAUUGCUAGACAAAUGAAGAAAGAAAAAGCUUUGGAGCAACGGAAGUGAUAGUGUAUCACAUCUGUAGGAGCAUAUGCUAAUCUCUGAGACCGCUAUGAGGAUGCCCUUUUCGGGAUGCCAUCUGUGCUUAAGAGGCUCAAGAUGGAUAUUAUGAUGAACUAACUGUUUUGGUCUAGUCUAGAGAACAUAGCUCUGUAUUCUGGAUAUCACAUCAGAAUUCAUAUUUCAUGUAGUUAUGUAGUCAUAUUCAUAUUUCUUUGCCCUGGAAGGAACGGUAACGCUGGGCGGCAACAGCAAGGACAUUCAUUUCUUCA